AAUGUAAAUAAAUAAAUAAAGAUACUUUAGUAUUAGAAAAGGAUCCUAAUCCUUGUAACCAAACGGUCCCUUCCUCCCCAAUUGAAGAACGCAUUUUCUCAAAGAAAAAAGUAAAUCAAUUGUUCCCUGUUGCUCAAUUCAAUGGCUGAUCCGGAGUUGGAAGCGAUCCGCGAGAGAAGAAUGCGCGAGCUCAUGGCUCAACAGGGCAUGGGAAAUCAGCAGGGCGCUGAACAACAAAAAGCCCAGGAAGAGGCUAAGAGCAAUGCUGAGGAGCGAAGGCAAAUGAUGCUUAGUCAGAUUUUAUCUUCUGAAGCACGGGAAAGACUUGCUCGAAUUGCUUUAGUUAAACCUGAAAAGGCAAGAAGUGUUGAAGAUCUUUUACUUAGAGCUGCUCAAAUGGGUCAGAUAGUUGAGAAGGUAUCUGAAGAGAGGCUAAUUUCAUUCCUGGAACAGCUUAACAGUCAAGCAUCCAAGCAGACUAAAGUCACUAUCCAAAGGCGGCGGAGUGUACUAGACGAUGAUGAUUAAUUUAUGCAUAUAUAUGAUGUGUGUUUUGUUGGUUAUCACAUGCAUGGAAAAUUACUUUUAAAAUUGUGAUGUAUUUUAAAUAUAAUCAUCUGCGGCUUUGUAGUUUUGCGCCUGUCGAAACAUUAUUUACUCUCUUUGAUGAGUGUGUAAUCUGGAAGACAUUGACAAUCUACUUUGGUAUUUGAUUA